CGCCGCUGGAGCUUGCUUGCAGCUUCACAAUCCCGAUUUCGACAUCAUCAAAGUCGCCUUCUUUUUCUCACCCUCCAGCCUUCCCCGCACAUUCGUUUUUCUGGUUUGUACUUGCGUGUCUGUAAUUUGCGUCGCUGCAGGAUUGCGUUCGCCCAUUUGUUUUGCCCCUUUCCCUUUCUUUUCCUGUCGUUUCUACCGCGGCCACGGAUGCGAGGCGCGCCCACGUCUCGAUCGACGUCCGUCCUCUCCCCAGCCCGCCCAAGAUGGCGCCUCCAAAAUACAAGGACAAGGACGCCGGCGUGCUCUUGUCCUUGAACGGGAAGUGGGUCAGCUGGCUACACACAGCGAUGGCAUACUCUGCCUUCCUUCUCGCCCUCGCCGUCGGCCUGUACCUCCAUUACCACAAGAUCGUCCAGAAUGAGUGGUACGGCUAUCCGGAAGAGUGGUUCCCAUCGGUCUCGGCCACCAUCGGCGACCGCUACCCCGAGCGCUCCGUCUUCAUGCUCCUCAUCGCUCUGACGUCGGGCCCCCGCUUCGCCCUCGUCGGCCUCUGGUACCUCCUCACGCGCGCGCGCGGCGGCGCCCUGGCCAAGUUCGUCGGCUUGAUGGGCGUGGUCCGCACCCUGACCUGCGGCGGCUGGACAUACGUCACGUCGACUGACGACCACGACUGGCACGACAUCCUCAUGAUCUCGUACAUCGUCUGCACCAUCCCCUGGACCGCCGGCUGCAUCGCCCUCAGCCCGCCCAACCCCAAGGCGAUCAGGUACCGCAAGUACUUUUGCUUCGGCUUCUUCGGCACGCUCGUGCCGCUGGUAUACUUCUUCAUCCAGCACAAGGUGCACAGGGUAGCUGGCGCAUACACCAUAUACGCCUUCUUCGAGUGGUCCCUGAUUCUGUUUGACGUGGCGUUUGACGCCGUGACUGCCCUGGACUUUGAUGGCUUUGAGGUGGUCGUCAAGGAUGUGAAGGGGGCAAGCCAGGGUGCGACCUCUUCCCUGCCGUCUGCCGUCGUUGAAAAGGAGAAAGAAAAGGCCGCCGCCACCGCAACGAACACCAAAGUUACUCCCUCAGAUAUCAUGGAUAUCGCGGCAGAUGUCUACCACGGAUUCGUCUUUUGGUCCGUCCUGACCAGCCUAGGUGCUGUCGUUUGGUACUUCCCGCUCUGGUUUAUGGGCAUUUCCGGCUUCGAGGCCUUUGUCAUGUGCACCAUCGCCCCCAUGUUCCUGGGUAUUGGCCCCUUGAAGAGGCUUGUUAUCCGCAAUCAGCGUUUCUUCCACCUUAUAUCCCUGACGGGCCUGCUGGCAUUCCUCGUCAAGGACCCCAUCCAACGUCUCUGCACCGUCGGCGCCGGCCUCGCGCUCCAGUGCCUGUCAUGGGUCGCCACGCUUCACUCGGAGUCGGUCCAUGAGGGCCGCCUGGAGCUCCGUGUUCUCUCAUGGCUUGUCGGCCUGGUCCUCUCGAGCGUUGUCAAGUUCGCCAACCACACGCUUAACCCGAUCUGGCCCAUCAUGCAUGCCCCCAGCGGUGGAUGGAACUACACCGGCCUGGUUUUUGGGCUCUGGGGCGCUUUGCGCUACAGCCGCAAGGGCCCGCUUAACACCACCGGGGCGCAGAUCAAGACUGGCUCCAACUUCCUCGCGGCUUGCGGCAUCGGCGGCCUGUUCUUCGCUCUGCACUCACUGCUUUCUGACACGAGCACCAUGAUCCUCUGGGUCUGGGACGGAUACCCGAUCCGCGGUCCGACCUCCAACACAUCGGCCUACUACACCAUCUUCGCCAUGACUGCCGGCAUCCUGAUCGGUACAUACCGGCCAGGCGUGGCCAGCCUUUGGACGGCCUAUGGCGCGGGCUGCUUCGGCGCAGCCAUUCUCACUACGCGUCACCACUGGAAUGGAUACUAUGGCGCGCUCGGUCUCGCGACGUACCUGAUGGCCGUCGCCGUUCCGCUGCUCAAGGACGCGGCCAAGCGCUCGCCGGGCCUGACCUUUGGACUUGGCUUCUUCAUCUACAACUUCAUGGUGCUCUUCCAUGUCUGGGUCGUCGCAUAUGCAUUUGUCCCCGGCGGCCCCCUGGUGCGCGAGCACACGGACUGGGUCAUGGCCACGAUGAUGAUCCUCAUCGGCUGCGGUGUCUUCAACCUCAACGCGGCCAAGACACCCAAGAAAACUGGCGUGCAGGCGCAGAAGCCGUCUCGUGCCAUUGUGCAACACCGCAAGCACUACGCCAGCGUCCUCGGGGCGCUCAACGUACUCUUCCUUGUGGCGUCGUACUUCCGGUUCCCCACCAACGACUACAAGCCCUACCACGGGUCGGACAGGGUGCUGACGGCUGGCAUCUGGACCAUCCACUUCGGGCUCGACAACGACAUGUGGAGCUCGGAGCGGCGAAUGCGCGACCUCAUCCGGGACGCGGAGCUCGACGUGGUUGGCCUCCUCGAGUCGGACCAGCAGCGCAUCAUCAUGGGCAACCGCGACUCGACGCAGUUCAUCGCCGAGGACCUGGGCAUGUACGUCGACUACGGCCCGGGCCCCAACAAGCACACAUGGGGCGUGGCACUGCUGUCCAAGUACCCCAUCGUCAACUCGACGCACCACCUGCUGCCCAGCCCCGUGGGCGAGCUGGCGCCGGCGAUCCAUGCGACGAUCGACGUGUUCGGGACGCUGGUCGACAUCUUUGUGUUCCACUCGGGCCAGGAGGAGGAUCCGGAAGACCGGCGGCAGCAGUCCAUCUACAUGCGCGACCUCAUGGGGUCGUCCAGCCGGCCGUCGGUGCUCCUCAGCUACCUGGUGACGCGGCCGCUUGAGGGCAACUAUAACACAUACGUGAGCGAGGGCUCCGGCAUGCACGAUAUUGACUCGAGCGACUGGGACCGAUGGUGCGAGUACAUCCUCUUCAAGGGCCUGCGGCGCGUGGGGUACGCGCGCGUGAGCCGCGGCACCAUCACGGACACGGAGCUGCAGGUGGGCAAGUUUGUCGUGCCCGAGUCCGGCUCGCUCGACGCGGCGAGGGCGUGGGAGAUCGACGCCGACACGAGGAACUCUCGGGUCGAGGAGGAGCAGCUGCCCGAGGGCUGGCGGUUCCCGGCCCUGUUCCGCGGCGAGGGUGUCCGCGGGCACCGCUACCACGUUUUCGACGAGCCAAGGUACUAUAACUACUAGAGCACGAGAUGGGGCGCGGUGUGUAAAAGGGUGAAAUCUGUGUCUAUCAUAUCUUGCCAAGACGGGAUGCCGGAUUUUAUUUCCUGCUUAUGUGUACGCGAGCUGAUAUGUCGGGUGUGGUGGUUUGAAGUGCGCGUGGAGUGGGAUGAUGCAAGCUGUACGAUAAGCCGCUGAGCGGGCGAGUAAAAAAUAAGAUUCCUUUGUUGCAACCAUACAUCAUAUUCUGUG